CAGAUCAGAAUUUAAAAUCGGAAUGUAGACAAAAAUCCAGAAACAGUCGGUCAUUGUCUUCGGCGCGUUUCACUUAUACACUCUUCGUCAUAAUAAUUAACCUUUUGCAUAGAUUGCAUUUUUUCGAAGUUACUCGUGUGUCGCAAAGAUCAGAAAGUGUAUCGCGUUCAAGUUCAAUUUCGACUCUGAAUUUAUUCGAAGGAAUUCAAUUUAAAAUAUUGACGAGUUCUUGACUUUUCUUGAUAGUUACUGACUAAACUUUGCAACUAAUUGUCGCGAUUCAUCACCGAAUACAGAAAAUUCUUUAAAUCUCUAACUGAUGAGGAAUGGCAUCCUUUCUCCAAGCGCAGGAAAUCCAAAACGAGCACAUCGGCUAAUUUCGGGCAGCAAAUAGCCUGAUAUGGGUUAAAAUAAAAACAUCGAAUGCAAGUUCAAGUUUGAAAUUGGAAAACGACGACUUUUUUUUAAAUAUUUUUAUAACAAACAACGAAUUUGGGACAAAAAAUGGGUCACAAAGUUGGAACAAUGACUUGUAAGAAACACACGAGCUUCAGCGAAAAGGAUAGGGCAAUGUUGUAUGACUUGUUAGAACGCGGCGAAUCGAUUCCGUUAUUGCGUAAGGAUUAUCUCCCGAUUUCAUCGAGUCCCAAGAAGAGAUGUUGCGAUUCUGGUUUGGUUAUUCUUUCGUGUUUUUUGAUCAUUGGAUCAAUUAUUGGGCUUUAUUUGUUACUUGAACAAGAUCAAAAACUGAAAUUUAACGUGCCCUUUUUCAUGGUUGAACGAUCUGUACUUAAUUUUGCGACGCCAACGAAACUUUUACUCGGAAUUGGACAAAAAACGUCGCUUGAAACAUCAACUGCCAAUGCAAUAGUUAUCCAAAACACCCGAUUUCCGCAAUGUUUCUCGAAGGAAAUGUGCACGGAGAUCAUCAAGAGUCUCAUAGCUUUGGGAGUUCCGGUUCAACAAAAUUUCCUGAUUGGCGGAGACGGGCAUGUUUAUGAAAUUCUCGGAUGGGAUCUCAAUGGAAGUAAUGACCCGAAUAUGCUCACAGUAGGAUUUAUGGGAGAUUUUACAAAUCAAAUACCCCCAAAAUUGAUGUUUGAUGUCGCAAAAGCUCUUAUUUCGGAAUCAAUUCGUCGAAAACGCUUAAAUGCCGAUUACAACGUCUUUGGGAUUCGAAACUCAUCUCUUAUUGUACCAGAUGGCGAAGCAAUGUACGAAAAUCUUGCGUUAUGGCCUCGUUGGAAGAAUGUCAUCGUGAAAAGUUAAAAAAAAAUUAAAAAAAUAAAAGUCAACUUACAUUUGUUCGUUUU